UUAUGUAGAAGAAACAGGGGUCUGUGGUAGUUCCACAUCAAGUAGAAAUCUUACCAAAGUUCUGAGAGCUGGAGAGUCUUAUUGUUGACUGAGGCUGAAGUUCUUCAGGAUGUUUUGGGGCAAGGGAGUUUGUACUGUUUUCUGUGAGUCUGUUGAGGUCGUGACGAAGACCCACAACUAAAAAGGAGUUCAGAUUGGCACUUGGUUUGUCUGUGAGAUAUCUAAAUCCCAGGACAGAGAAGAAAAUAUUGCUAUAUCAUGGAGAAAUUCAAGGCAGCCAUGGUUCUGGGUGCUGUUGGUGAUGCUUUGGGCUACAGAAAGGGACGCUGGGAAGGCUGCACCUCAGGCAAGAAGAUCCAGGAGGAACUGGCCUCUCUCGGGGGACUGGGAGCCCUGAAACUGGACCCCGAUAACUGGCCCCUGAGUGAUGCAACGCUGAUGCACAUAACCACAGCAGAAGCACUUAUAACAGAUUAUUGGUGUCUGGAGGACUUAUACCGGGAACUGGUGCGUCUCUAUGUUGAAGCCAUGGUGUCUCUUCAGGGAAGAGCUCCUGAUCCUGCCACAGUGGAAGGCUGUGUUCACCUCAAACCUCACAACUUCCUGCUCGCCUGGCAUACACCCUUCAAUGAAAAAGGGUCUGGGUUCGGGGCAGCUGCCAAGGCCAUGUGUGUGGGUAUGAGAUACUGGCAGCCUGAGAGACUAGACAACCUGGUGGAGGUCAGCAUUGAGAUUGGCAGAAUGACACACAACCACCCCACAGGCUUCCUCGGCUCCCUGACAACGGCACUGUUCGCAUCCUAUGCGAUCCAAGGGAAACCUCUUGUGACUUGGGGCCGCGAGCUCAUGAAGAUCAUCCCUCGGGCUGAGGAUUACUGCAGGAAGACCAUACGACACAUGGCAGAAUACCAGGAAAACUGGUUCUAUUUUGAGGCCAAAUGGCAGUUUUACCUAGAAGAGAGAGAGAUAGAGAAGGAAGGAGAGAACAAACCUGUGUUUGCUGAUCGCUAUGAUGCUGAGGAGACAGACAAGAUGUAUAAACGUUGGAGCUCAGAAGGCCGUGCAGGCCGCAGAGGUCACGAUGCCCCCAUGAUAGCCUACGAUGCCCUUUUGGCUGCAGGGAGUGACUGGACUGAACUGUGUAAACGCGCCAUGUUCCAUGGAGGUGAGAGUGAAGCCACAGGCCUGAUUGCAGGUUGUCUCUAUGGCCUCAUGCAUGGUCUGAGCCAGGUUCCCCAAGGCCUAUACCAGGAUUUGGACAAAAGAGAACACCUGGAGGAGCUGGGAGAGGCACUGUACAAGGCAGCAUCUGCAGAGAAAUGCAUUGACAAGUAAUCCUGAUCUUCACUGGCCUGAACUCUACUGGCUAUCAGCGGAACUGCACAUGACUCUAAAACUGCUUCUCUCUGCCCCACACUACCCUCUAGCCCUCCUUGGUAGUAUAUCAGUAGUCUUAAGUGGCAUCCUGUCCGCUCCUCACCUAUCUUGCCCUCUCCUUGAUUUUGCUGUCCACUGCUGUCCACAGAUCUGACACAAAUGCUUUCAGCUAUAUCAUCUGCCUGGUACUACAUCUUGAAUCAGUUUAUGGUAGGGGAUACGACACAGUAUGACUUUAAGGCCAAUUGAAUGUUACAAUGACUUGUCUCUCUUGAAUUUAAAUGACAGAACUGUGGGGAAAAGAAAACUUUUUAUAACAUUUAGUUGACUAAGAGUUGUAUGUUAGUUAACAGCCACAAGAUAAUUUCCUUCUCUGAGCUUUUGCUUCUCUAAAGCUAACCUGUAUUAACAUUAAGCACAAGGUUAUGUUGUAUCAUGGAGUAUUUAGUCAAAAUCUGCACAAAAGUUUGUGCAAACAUUGUCUACUGUGGGUUUUGACAAAGCCUUAUUGAUGGCUCAGCAUACCUGAAAUCCAGCUUUUAUCUAAAAACAUUAACUGAAUCUAAGGCACCUGAUGAAUGAACAGUUUUCAGUCUAGAGUCAGCCUAUCUAUCUAUCUUUAGCCUCAUUAGUGCAUGUGAGAUGUGGCUGAAAUUAUGAAAUAAUUUUAACUUUUAUGCAUAACAGUAUUGAGUUGUAGAACAGUAAUUAUGUUUUCUUAUACUAUUUAUUACUAUUUACACUGUGAUGCUACAGGUACAGUGUACUAUUUUGUGAAAGCACCAUUACUUGGUGAAU